CAAGGAGAGAAGCCUUUCUUCUGCCCUGACUGUGGAACUAGUUUCUCUAAACUUGACCACUUAAAAUCACAUGAACGAAUACAUACAGGGGAGAAGCCAUACCCCUGCUCUGACUGUGGAAAAUGUUUUAAAACAUCAAAUGAGCUUAAAGUUCAUCAGAGAACACACACAGGAGAGAAGCCUUUCUUCUGCUCUGACUGUGGAACUAGUUUCUCUCAACUUUCCCACUUAAAAUCACAUGAACGUAUACAUACAGGAGAGAAGCCUUACUCCCGCUCUGACUGUGGAAAAUGUUUUAAAACAUCAAAUGAGCUAAAACUUCAUCAGAGAAUACACACAGGAGAGAAGCCUUACUCCUGCUCUCACUGUGGAAGAUGUUUUAAAGCAUUAAAGGAGCUAAAAGUUCAUCAGAGAACACACACAGGAGAGAAGCCUUACAUCUGCUCUGACUGUGUAAAAUGCUUCAAAACAUCAUUUGAGCUAAAAGUUCAUCAGAGAACACACACAGGAGAGAAGCCUUAUUCCUGCUCUGACUGUGGAAGAUGUUUAAAAACAUCAAAUGAGCUAAAAGUUCAUCAGAGAACACACACAGGAGAGAAGCCUUUCUUCUGCCCUGACUGUGGAAUUAGUUUCACUCAACUUUCCCACUUAAAAUCACAUGAAUGUAUACAUACAGGAGAGAAGCCAUACUCCUGCUCUGACUGUGUAAAAUGCUUCAAAACAUCAACUGAGCUAAAAGUUCAUCAGAGAACAAAGGGUGGGCGUGUAUCUCAAACGUCUAGCCAAAGGUUUAAAACAUCAACUCAUCUAAAAGUUCAUAAGAUAACACAUACAGGAGAAAAGUCUUACUCCUGUUCUGACUGUGGGGUGAGUUUCUCUCGACUGGAUACCUUAAAAACACAUCAACGUAUACAUACAGGAGAGAAGCCUUAUGUCUGCUCUGAAUGUGGAAAAUGUUUUAAAACUUCAAAUGAGCUAAAAGUUCACCAGAGAAUACACGCACGAGAGAAGCCUUACGUCUGCUCUCACUGUGGGGUGAGUUUCUCUCACCAUAGCAACGUAACACACCAAUGUAUACACACAGGGGAGAAACCUUACUCCUGCUCUGUGGAGGGGUGGGCGUGUAAGUCAAACGUCUAGCCAAAGACUGCGUGUUUGAAUCUCAUCAAGGAGGACUUUAGCAUUUUAGCUAAUUAGCAACUUUGCAACUACUUACUACUUUUUAGCUAUUACUUAGCAUGUUUGAAUUCGUAACAUAUCAUACAUAUUACAAGUUCGUAAGAUAAUAUAUGAAUAGCAAUGCGUAAAAUAACAUACGAAUUGUAAUUCCUACAAGUCGUAUUAUACUGAACAACAAUCUAAAUGCAACAAUUUCAAAGACUUACAGUUCGCAUAGGGAAAUCAGUCAAUUGAAAU